CAAAACCCAUCUUUCAGAGUCACACCACAAAGAUGGCGACCACUUCAUCGACGAUCCAAGUCCUUGUCUUCUCAAUUUCCCUUUUCUUGGUCGCUUUCCAAACAGUCAAUGCAGACUAUUACCGUCCAAGGCCACCGGUUACUCCUACCCCCUACGUCCCUAAGCCACGGUGGCCAAUUCCAAGCCGGAGCCCCAAGCCUGUUUAUCGUCCCCCAAGUCUACCCGCUGGCUCGAUCGCUAGACAAUUCCUUGACCCACAUAACGCUCUUCGGUCUGGACUAGGUUUGUCUCCAUUGGUUUGGGACGGCAAGCUAGCCAGCUACGCGACAUGGUGGGCUAACCAGAGGCGUUAUGACUGUUCAUUGACCCAUUCUACCGGCCCAUAUGGUGAGAACCUGUUCUGGGGAAGUGGCUCGAGCUGGGCACCAGAAUUCGCGGUGCAGUCAUGGGUCGUUGAAGGAAGCUCCUACAACUACAACACCAACUCGUGUGACGGAAAUGGAAUGUGUGGUCAUUACACUCAGAUGGUGUGGCGUGACACCAAAAGGCUUGGAUGCGCAAGUGUGGUCUGUGAGAACGGUGCCGGAGUCUUCAUCACUUGUAACUACGACCCUCCGGGUAACUAUGUUGGCGAGAAACCUUAUUAAGAAAAAAAAAAAUUAAUUUAAACCGUUUUUUUUUACUUCAUUUCGUUUAAUUU